CAGAAGGGCUAUAUGAUAGAGUAAACUCGCAAGACAAUGUGGUAGCCCAGUGCCUUACACUCUACUACCCUGCAUUGACCUUGAAUACUAUGUGGAGCUGAUUUUUGGUGACUGUUGGCACCUUGCAACCCUGGUAGAAGGACGUAAAUACACCAGGCACAUCCAGAAACUCUACUCAGCAACGACAGGCCACAGCUAUCCAUCCUCAUGCACGCCAGAGGUAGGAAUGCAUACAUUGCUAUUGCCACAAUAGAUGAAAAUGGCACCGUGAAAAGGAUAACAAACGCCCUCUCCCAAAUGGCCAUCCUCGGUCUGCGUGCGUGUGGAUAUCAGCAAGAAUCUACAGUGGAAAAAGGCCAGUUAUCUGAACAGCGUAGCAGAAAACCCAAAGGGCUGCCAAGCGACACCUUAGGCAAACACACCUAGGAGAGUAGACCCAGUGUUUACAACUAUUGCACAGUAGACA